ACUAUGGAUGGUUUACAGUAAAAGCAAUAAACAUUAAGUAAAACAGAUAAAAAUUAAUUAAAAUAAUUGCACAAUAUUGGGGAAUACCAAAUUUCAUAGGCAUUAGCUACUCUCAAAAUGAGUAAGUUUUUUUAGGUUCCCAGUGUCUUAAAAAAUGUUAAGUAAGAACCAAAGUCUUUUUGUAUAGGUACCCAUUCUUAAUUCUAAAGGAUGGCCUUGAAUAUAUCCAGUAGCAGUAAUAAUAAGAUUUUGCUCAGGUCUUCUAUAAAGUGAUCUCACAUUAAAGUCAUUAAAAUAAUUUUGAAUGGUUCUUACAAAUACUGGAUUAAUGCAUUCUGCUUGAUUGCAUUUCUGAAAAAAUAUUUUGAAGUCCACUAAAGAAACUUUGUUAAAGGAUUAGCACAAUAUAUAAAUCAGAAGUAUUUCAGGGGGAAAUAGGAUACAAUACUGAUUUAUGUGUAAAGGAAGUUGUUCAGUUUGAUUGAGGGACAUAGGGAGAAGGGAAGAAAAACGCUAUGCAAUUCUUGAAAUUUCAGAAUCAUUUGGCUUUAUAGCAAAUAGGGAAGAAAGCAUUGCAGACUCGCUUCACUAAGCCACAGAAAUAAUAUUCUUAGGUGUUCUGAGUGGAUUUCUAUCUCCUACUAUCCCCUUUGAAAAUCUGAGCUGUUGGCCAGCCAUUUUGAUAUCCACCCCUGAAGGUUUCUGGAUCUGAAAAUCAAAUACACAAGCCUACCUCCUUACCAGUGGUUGCUGGAAAUAACAUCUGCUUAUGAAAGAGGGAGAUAAAACCACAGGACCCAGCCUUACCAUGCUAAGCCUGUGGCCGGCCAAAAACAGUGGAGCCCUUACCAAUCACAGCAUACUCCAGUAAACUGCUCUAUUUCUGGGCUGAGGGUAGUUGCAGAGAACAGGUCGCCUUGUAAUUAUCAUUUUGUUUAGCAAACAGCCAAGGCGGUCAUUUACAACUGUCUGAUGCUUAAUUCCCCAUGGAGAAAACUUAAGCGUACAUUGUCAAGCCACCUCCUGCUUCAGAUGUUGCUGAGCACUUGUAGAAGCCAUAGCUGUCUCUUGUCUUCUGUGUGCACACUUGGCCCCUUUAGUACAGAACCAUGUCGAUUGCAUACACGGCUGGCAAUUACAUGCUCUCAGAUGCAUUGCUUCCAGAUCCAAGCGGCUCCAGAGCAAAAAGACUUCACUUGGAGCUGCCGUGUGACCGCAUCAUGAAGUUUGUCACCGUGGGGCUGCCGCUGUUUUUGGUCUCUCUCAUGUUUGCACAGGAAUUUUCCACUGGAUCCCAGAUCAGUUGCUUCUCUCCUAGCAACUUCACAGCCGAACAAUCUGAUUUUGCUGAUGCCGUGUGCUGGGACUCCUUGCUUCGCUAUGAUCCUGAAACUGCAGGAGAUGCUGCAUCCAAAUCCCUCUGGGUCUUCAAGGUUUUCCCAUAUUCUUUGCUGGUCAUUGCAGUGGCCAUGUAUCUGCCUUAUCUGCUGUGGAAGUAUGCAGCUGCCCCCUCACUUCACUGCGAUUUGCUCUUCAUCAUUGAUGAGCUAGAUAAAUCCUACAAUCGUUCCAUCCGCUUGGUGCAAUACAUGGUGGACCUUCAGCACACGGAGAAGGAUCCAGAUGAUUUUUGGGAGGAGUUUGACCUGGCUCGCAGUGAGCGGUACUUUGAGUUCCCUCUCCUGGAGAGGUACCUGACUUCCAAGCAACGUUCCCAUUACUUGAUUGUCAUUUAUGUAUUGAGGAACCUCUUCCUCCUCUUUCUUCUUGCUGUCAGCUGCCUCUAUCUUGGAUACUGUCAUGUUCAGGUGUUUUUUCAAGACAAAUUCAGAUGCUCAAUCAAGGCAGGGCUCCUAGGAGAAGAACCUGGUGUUCCAGAUUGGAUUUCUUGCAAGUUAGUUUUCUUCUCAGUUUUCCAAGUUACAAGCAUCUGUCUUGGGUGUGUGUACAUCCUUCUGGGCCCUGUUGUCCUCUACCACCUGCUUCAGCUGUGUCAGUGGGACAAGCGGCUUCUGUCCAUUUAUGAAAUGCUGCCAGCAUUUGAUCUUCUCAGUAAGAAAAUGCUGACUUGCCCAUUUAAUGAUCUCAACAUCAUCUUGCUCUUCCUGCGGGCCAACAUCUCAGAGGUCAAAUCUUUCAGUAGACUGAGUGUACUGUGUACUCUGAAGGACAUUUCACCCAACAAAGAAAACAUAGACACAGUUGUAGAUUUUAUGACUCUCUUUGCUGGCUUGGAGCUAGCAAAGCCAAAGCGUCAUUCCAAUGCCAAUGAGAAUUUGCUUCAUCCUGACAAUGAAAUUGACAUGAAACCUGCCUUGGAAUCCAAAGAAAACUAAGUCAGUCACGGGCCUGAUGCAGCAGUAAGGAGCAGAAGAACUGGAACUGGUGAAUAGCACUGAGCGUAGAAAAAGGCAACCAGUACUUUUCCUUCCUGUGUGUCCUUUUGGUCAUCUUCUGUUUCUUUUUGUUGGGGCACUGUGUGUCCAUGAACACUGCUUGUUUUCUGCUACUACAUCCGUGGGUUUCACCCUUAUAAUAAAUACGCAGGUCUCUUAAUUGCAAGUUACACCUCUGCAUGAUUUUAUAGCCUGACGUUCUUAUAAGGCGAGAUCGGUAUUUUCUCGAUGGUACCUGCCAGGCGAGGCUUCAACACCUCUGGCCCUGCAGAUCUCUGCUACUUUCCAAAAGCUUUGGCCAGAUACUUCAUUUUAAAAGAUAUAAUGUUGUAUUUAACAUACAUGGACUUUUUUUAUCUCACAUUUUCUCCUCUGAAGUCACUGAGCAGUUUAUAUAAAAAAAUUAAAACUCAUGCAUUUUUAAAAUAGUGGGUGCACAACAUCCAUGGAGGUAACAGUUUGAAAUACACAUUAAUUCCUUUAAACAGGAAAGUGAAGCUUAAAAGCUAGUUGAAACUGAUGAGCUGAAACAUCUUUCCAAUUUUACACAACUUCAGAUAACUGAUUUAAGAUUAUAUUCUUCAAACUUUGCACCAUCAUCAUAAACACCAGUGGCUAGGUUCACAGAUCUUUAUUUAUCCAUUGUUUCUUGCAUAAAACUACAAUCAGCUAGAUAAGCCCCCAUUUUUAAAAAAUGGUUAGUGUAAAUAACACCCAAGCAAAGCCGAACAAGCCCCAUGAUCGCUUAAAUACAACCAAUGAACGAGGCUCUAGUACUCGCCUAUUUGACUUGUCAGAGCUGUUCAGCAGGUUCAAUUAAGAGCGAAGUAUUCCAGAGGAAAUUCUCUGGUCCUAAAUUAUUUAUGGUUUUAAAUAUUAGGGGCUGCGGGUUUUGGCAAGGGAAUGUAGUUGGUGCCCUCAAUCAGUCCUGAGUCCUGGAGACUGCAGAGACUUCUCUCUGAAAAUGUUUUCUUGGCAUCAUUUUUGGAAGUGGUUUGCCCUUGGCUUCUUCCCAGGGCUGACAGAGGGGGACUGGCCCAAGGUCACCCAGCUGGCUUUGUGCCUAAGAUGGGACGAGAACUUGUGGUCUCCCAAUUACUAGCCUGUGCCUUUAAUUAUGACACCAAACUGGCUUUCUUAAUAAGACUAGCAUUUUAAACUGAUCCUGGAAAGAAACUAAGACAGAAAUCAAAUACAUUUAAGAGUUAAUGCUCUUCUCUUCAGCAUUCAGUAACAGUAUGGGUGUUAUGUUUUGGAUGGAUAGUUUCCAAACUGUUUUUAAAGGCAGCCACAUAUGCAGAUUGCUGCAUAGGAAUAGUGAAUUAUAGCAGGGGCAAGUAACACUAACAAGGAGGAUCAGUCGUCUAGCAAAUCCAUUAUAGGAUCUCAUGGGUAACUGGUGUGAACAGCCUUCAAUGCUCAGAGUGGAAAGGCAAAACGUAAAUCAACAUUACAAUACUGAGGGAAAGGUGCAAUUUUCUGUAGCUUACGUUAAUUACAUUCCUGUGUAAGGUAUCAAAGCAUAAAGGCACCGAAAUUGUCUAAGAAGAAAUUGUAUGUGCAAAUUGACAAAACUCACUACUUAGUUUUCUCUUUUUUGUAUAGAGAAUAAGAGCUUGGACUUAGAAGAGUAUAAAAGAAAGGAACAGAAGAGUGUUAUCUAUAACAAGGAGGGCAUAUUUAGGGAGGGCAAGAACUGCAGAGUAGGUGAUGAAAGGUCAGGAUUGUCCCUCUGUAUCUAAAGCCAGAAAUCCUUUUCUCUUAAGGCUUUUUGCAAAUCCUUAAAGCAUUUUGCACGUAAGUCUGCUUGGAAGCAUCCUGAAUGCAUCUGUAUUUGCCUAGCCCUUGACAGAAAGAGGAUGCUGGAUCAAGCUGAUCCAAAACGUUUCUUACUUCUUAGAGCCUUCACAUUAUUAGAAGCAAGACUGAAACUUAAAUCUGUGGUCUCAACUGUCUUUAUACAAUUCCCGCCAGGGUGAAUGAUUGAAUAUUCAAAUUUCUAGGCAAGAGUGAGUUAUUUUAAUUGAGACCACUUAAACCAGAAAGAGAACUUGUAGUUUUUAAUCAUGGGUGGAAAUCAUACUUCCAAUUUUCUGUUGCAGAUUAUUUCCUGAACAAAAGAAAUGCACACUGACAGGUACGACAAUGAAAGUAUAACUCAUUCGCGUUUAUAUCAUGCAGGACCAUCAUCCAAAACAUUUAUCCAUGCAAUCCAUAGUAAUCCAAACACCUAUAGAUUUCUGGAACCAUAAAAGAGGAGCAAUUAUAAAACCAAUGAUUUUUGUCUGGCUCUGUGUGUACACUUGUAAAAACAAAAGCAAGACGCUCUAUAGGUCGUGCUCCAAUUUAAGUGCAUACAGUGUCUGGAGUUUACUCCCGAAUAUGCAUAUAAGUGACUAGGUUUUGGUAGUAAACCCUCCAUAUCAUGAAAUUCCAAUUGCUAGGCAACUGUCCAUGUUCUUCUGGACAGAAAACACUCACUGCUUGCACAUUAACUACACAUACAUGUGUGUUGAAUCACUGCAUAAUUUUGAAUGAAUGAAUUCAAAUGAUGAAUAAUUUUUCCCUUGGAAGUUUUGCAUAAAAUUUGGGGAUUAAUUUGAGAUGCCUGCCAGACACUUAUAGAUUCAUUUUCACAGAAUGAUUAUAUAGACUUAACAUAUUUCUUGCUGUUGCUACAGAUUUCAUUUUAAAAUAGGUAUUUUUUUAUCUACUGUAAAACUUUCCACUGAAUUAAGUAUGAUUUGAUUUUUUUUUUUAAAUUGAAGUUCACACACACACACCUAAUUUAGGAAACAACCAGUCUAAACCAUGGACUUCAGAAACCUUUCAGCUUACUUAAAGUAGAUCCCAAUCUACAUUCAGUCCACCCUUGUUGUAGGUUACUCCUAUUCUACCACGGGGGGGCAAGAAGAUCAACUCAGCAGUGACAGCCAUUCUACAGUAAGGAUGGGUGGAAAAGUCGCUUGGUUCAUAUUUAAUUAUGAACUUAAUUUUGCAUUGUCAAAUCAAGAGACAAGCUGAAACUCACCUAUCCUUUGAAGUAUCAACUUCUCUGAAUUUUGCAAAGUUCAUCAAUUUAUAAAAAGGGUAUUGGGGACAUAUGCACAAAAAUACCAACAUUAGUGUAAACAGUGUUGUUGUUAGGAAAAACCAAUUACAUAAAUACAUACUUUAGCUCAAAUUGCAAAAUUAUUGGGCAAAUGUAAAGAAAAAAAUACAAAUUUGGAUGCAAGCUUUAAAAAAAUACCUAACAUGGAAAUAGGACAUUUGUAACUGAUAAGUCAGUGAAACUAAGAAUCCAUAACACACUGAAACUGGCAGAUUCACCCAUCUGUAUUCCAUAACCCAAUGCCUGAAGUUAAUUUUCGAAGAGCAAAGCUCAAAUAAUCUCUACCAUCUGGAAUCCUCUAGCUGAUAUAAAACUAGGAUACACACAUCAAAUAUCUAUCAUCCCUUACCCUCAGUCUGGGUUAUUUAACACAGAUCAAUCUACUCUAAAUCAAAACAUUCAGAAGAGGAAUAAAGCAAGCCAUUGUUUCUUAUACAUUAUCGGGAAACCUUAGGCAUCUGUCUAAACAGCAUGCCCCACAGAUGACACUUCUGUACAUUUACUCAGAUCUAGGCAACAGCAAUAUAAAACAAUUCUCAUUUUCUACUCUGGUUAACACAACCAGAUCAAUCCCUGCUUGAAUGCAAAAUGCUCGCAGGUUGUUCCUCUAAAGCAAUGUUUCUCAUCCUUAGCAACUUUAAGAUGCACGGACUUCAACUCCCAGAAUUCCCCAGCUGGCAUGCU